AUGACAGUCAACCAAAAGCUCAACGCCCUCGUGAAUGAAUACGAGCGUACCCAUCCCCGCUCCAAGGCGGCCUACAACAAAGCUAAGAAUGUCUUACCAGCGGGGAGCACUCGAUCUGUGCUUGUCUCUGAGCCAUUCCCACUGGUAAUCAAAUCUGCUCAAGGCGCCCAUUUCACCACGAUCGAUGGCACAACAUUUGAAGACUUUGUCUCCGACUUCUCGGCUGGCAUAUACGGACAUUCCCACCCGGUGGUCCAUCACGCCGUUCAGGAAGCCCUGGCGACGGGCUUCAGCCUUGGAGGAAUUACGCAGAAAGAAACCGAGUUGGCUGAGAUCUUGACGACGAGGUUUCCCUCGUUUGAGAAAGUCCGUUUCUGUAAUUCUGGCACGGAAGCGAAUACAUUUGCGCUUGCUACGGCGGUGGCGUAUACGCAACGGAAGAAGAUCGUUGUCUUUGACAACGGAUAUCAUGGGGGAACAAUCAAUUUUGGGCCAGCAGGAAACGCAAUGAAUCUGCCCCACGAAUUCGUCAUUGCAACGUACAACAACAUUGAAGAAUCUCGACCUCUCCUGACAACCGAGAUUGCCGCUAUCUUAGUUGAACCACUACAAGCCGCAGGUGGAAUGCGCCUCGCAAACCCCGAGUUUCUACGGUUCCUCCGAGAAGCAGCAACAUCCAUAGGAGCAGUUUUAAUCUUCGACGAAGUUGUCACGUCCCGGUUACACUACCACGGUAUCCAGGGAGCAAUGAAUAUCAAGCCUGAUAUGACCACAGUGGGAAAGUACAUCGGAGGAGGAUUUCCCUUCGGGGCGUUUGGGGGAUCCUCCAAGAUCAUGGAUCGGUUUGAUUCACCCGACCAGACUGUCUCUAUUCAUCAUUCCGGAACUUUUAACAACAAUAUCUUCACUAUGACUGCUGCUGUCGCUGCAGCGAAGUUGAUUACCCCCAUGGAACUAGAGCGGUUGAAUCGGCUUGGUGAUAGGUUCCGUGAACAAGCUAAUAUUCUGAUUCAGAAUGCUCGGUUCGAUUGCAUGUCUUUUACUGGAUACGGUAGUGCGAUUGGCAUUCAUUUUACUGGUAGUGAGGCUAGUGCAUUGCUUGAUUGCCUCUACUUCACGUUACUCCAUCAUGGAAUUGCUAUUGGAAGGCGUGGCUUUUUGUCUUUGAAUCUCAUGCAUACCGAGGCCUCGAUUGAUCGGCUCCUUCAGGAAGUGGAUCGUUUCUUGGAUGCUUUCAGUGGAGGUUCUCCAACCAAGUCCAGACUUUAG